AUGGCCCAACCAUCAAGCCGAAAAGCGUACCGACGAACGGACGACUACACCCCAGGAACCCCUAAAGUAAAACUCGUUAGCGAAGAAAUACCAUCUCCACUCCCGCCUUAUGCGGUCUUGAUCAAAGUCCACGCCGUGAGCCUCAACUACCGGGACGCCAACAUCGCGAACGGAGGCAACCCGUGGCCAGUAACCCCCAACGGCAUCCUCUGCAACGACGCCGCUGGAGGAGUUAUCUCAGUCGGCGAACGAGUCACAAGAUUUUCGCAAGGUGACCGUGUAGCACCGAUCGUCGAUACGGCAAACAUUACCGGACGAGAAACCAGAAGAUCGUGGCUGGCUGCGGAUGAGGAUGGGGUGCUGGCGGAUUAUAUCGUCUUUGAUGAAGAUAAGGUCACAAAGUUGCCUCAGCAUCUAGAUUGGAUUGAGGCUAGUAUUAUUCCUUGUGCUGGGGUGACGGCGUGGUCUGCGUUGGAGGGGUGUGGAAUGGGGAGCACCGGAGGCGUCAGCAUGUUCGCCCUAAAGCUCGCUCGAGCGAGCGGCAUGCGGGUCAUCUUGAGCUCCUCAAGCGAUUCAAAACUGGAGAGUAUGCGAACGAAAUUCGCAGACCCACCACUCUUCACUGUCAACUACAAGAACGCCAUGUGGCACGAAGAAGUCCUCAACCUCACGAACGGUGCCGGCGUGGAUCUUGUCCUGGAAAAUGGCGGCACCGGAUCAGUGGUCCAAAGCGUGAAAUGCACUCGCCGUGGUGGAACUGUCAGUCAGGUUGGAUACCUAGGGAAGCAGGAUCCGACCGAGAUGGCUGAACUUUUGCCGACGUUGAUCGACAGAAGGGUGAAUCUGAGGGGCAUCAAUGCUGGUUCAAGGCACGAUCAGGAGGAUCUUUGUGCUGCUAUCUCGGCUAUGGGGAUGCGGUUUGACGAUAUCAUUGACUCGACGUUUCCGUUUGAUGAGGCGGAGGAGGCGGUUGAGAGUAUUUGGCAAGGCAAGCAGGUUGGGAAAGUAGUUGUCAAGAUUGGCGGUUGA